AUGAAAUCAAAGAGGCAAAAGAAAAUUACGAAGGCUUGCUCAAAUUUAACUGAUAAAUCCGAAGAAGUGAUCAAUAAAUUAAAUGAAAAGGUUAAAGGUAUUGGAAUCGAAGAAGAAACAAACGUGUUAAAGAACAUUCAAAGAAAAAAACUUACAGAUAUAGAAAAUUUAAAAAAAAUUGAUGAAAUCGCAAAAAAGAAAUCAAGAUUUCCUGAAAAUACUGAAAC